AUGGCGGAGACUAGAUCUAUAACCACUCAAGCUCUUGAGGAGCAUAUGAAGAAACAAGAUCUUCAGAUCCUAGAAAUUGGAGAAUGGAGGAAACAAGUAGAGGAAAAAAUUAACAAUUGGGGAAGUCAUCUGGACGCGAAGGUGGAUCAGCAGAACAAUCAGUUUCAAAAACUGUCGUCGCAGUUGAAUGAUCUUCUUCAAAUGAUGAAUGAGCCAAAGAGCGAUUUCAAAAGAGAACCUACCAACUCAAGCAAAAUCCCUUUCUCGUCUUCAUCUGCAGAUUCAUCCAAGCCCGGUAAGGUUCCCCAUGUCAUCAGGAACACCAUCCCAGGCCAAAAAGGAGGUAGCCAUGGAGCCUUCAAGAGAUUGUCUCCACAGGAGAUUCAAUAUAGGAGGAAUAACAACCUCUGUUGGAAAUGUGCUGAGAAAUGGAACCCGGGACAUGUUUGCAAGAUGAAACAGAUAAACUUCAUUACAAUGGAGGAGGAUGAAGAGGCGGGAGACUUGAAUUGGAUACAAGAGGAACCCAAUGAUGCCGGCACUAUUGUGGAACUUAGUGGGGAUCAGAUUCAAAAUAUCACACAGGUGGAAGAGUGUUGGUCAUUGGAGGAAGAAGACCGCAAAAUCAUCCUGAUUACUGGGUAUAUUCAUGGGGUGAGGAUUAGAAUCCUAAUAGACACGGGUGCCACUAGAAGCUUCAUUGACUCAAAAUUAGUGUUUAAAUUGAGAUUGAACACUAAAAGGAUCCGACCCUUUGUAGUAACAGUGGCGGAUGGAUAUAAGUUAAGGAAUGAUCAAGCUUGUCCAGAAACUACUUGGUCAAUUCAACAAAGAGGAGAGAGGUUCCUUCUGCAAGGUCAGGCUUAUGAAUCGUAUUGGAGGAUUGAGGAAGUGAUGCAGAACAUGGAGCGCAACAAAAGGAGGAGAGAACAGUGGGAAUGGGAACAACAAAUGAGAAGGCAAGCUGAUAAUAGGAGGAGGAGGUACAUUCAGCAAGGAAAUGAGGCUGAUGCCGGAUCUAGGCCGUGUUGCAAAAGCAAUGCCGAUGCCGCCAGCAGCCGCCGCGGCCUUGAGUGUUGCCAAAGUGUUCGAUACGAUUUCGCCUUAUUGCUAAUGAAUGUGGAGAAAUUUAGCUUUGGUUUCGCUCAGCGGACUCUGUUAACUGCUUUAGGUCAUGCUGUAGUUUAUGCACAGAAGCAAUUUCCCCCUCCUCCAAAUGUGGACUCUCCUUUAGAGGAGGCAGCAAAAGUUGUGAAAGAAAUUUACGCCAUUGUCCGGGUAUAUGGUAAAAGAGUUUCUGCUCUUCUUGAUGGUGGAGUAUGGAAUCUUCCAAAGACAAUCAAAUUUUCUCCUGGUGUUCCGAGUGGACUUAUGCGAGCGAAACCAAUCAAAGAUGGAGAACGAGCACAGAUACACUGUUUAGAAAAUGGUUGGGUUGAGAUAUACUGUCGCAACGCUGAACCAUACACUAGAAGGUUUCCUGAUGUUGUGGAAACCAUCUCAAGAGUUAAAAAACACUCAGCAACUUCAUUUGUUCUUGAUUGUGAACUUGUUGCAUAUGACCGGGAGAAGAAAAAGAUCCUCCCUGGGCAGAAUUUUUUUUAUGCUUCUGUUGAUAGCAGUUCUGAAGGGCUGAUAAUCAAAACGCUGAACAGAGACGCCACAUAUGAGCCUUCGAAACGAUCAAAUAAUUGGUUGAAGUUGAAAAUUGAUUACAUGGAAAGUAUUGGUCACACACUAGAUUUGGUUCCUAUCGGUGCUUUACAUGGCGAAGGGAAGUGGGCUGGAUUCUAUGUUACUUUUCUCCUUGCUUGUUAUGAUACCGUCAGAGAAGAAUUCCAGAGCAUAUGUAAUAUUGGCGCUGGAAUCACUGAUGCUAUGCUGAAAGAGCGGUCUCUCAGCCUUAAAUCAAAAGUUAUACCUAAACCCAGGUCUCAUUCCCGAUAUGCAAAGGAUUGGCUUCCAGAUGUAUGGUUUGAACCUACUGAGGUUUGGGAAGUGAAGGGUGACGAUCUAAUUAUUAGUGACUCUCAUCGUGCUGCUACUGCUACUAGUAUCGUGAAUCAUGACGAGGGAAUUUCUCUGCUUUAUCCAUGGUUACUUCGUGUUCGAGAAGAUAAGGCACCUAGGGAUGCAACAUCGGCUCAGAUUGUGGCUGACAUGUAUAUAACUUAUGGAUCUUAA